AAGAAGUGCCGCUGCACGACAGCAGCAGACCGACCCCCCCCCCUCCUCCAACUCCACCUUCCGUAACCGAACCAAGAAAUGGCGGCGUCCGUGUGCCGAGUGGGGAGCACUGUGGGUCAAGCCCUUGCCAAAACCCGCAGUCCCAUCCUGCUGUCUCUGAGGCGUGGACAUGCCUCCGUCAGCUAUGCCCAGAGCCUGCUGGGAGUUCCUGAAACGCGCCUGACUACUCUGGACAAUGGUUUGAGAGUUGCAUCAGAGGAGACUGGACAUGCCACUUGCACUGUUGGACUGUGGAUCGGUGCUGGUAGUCGCUAUGAGAGUGAGAAGAACAAUGGAGCAGGGUUCUUUCUGGAGCACAUGGCUUUCAAGGGAACCAAGAAGCACCCCCAGACUGCCCUGGAGCAGCAGGUUGAGUCCAUGGGUGCUCACCUGAGUGCUUACACCUCUCGGGAGCACACCGCAUACUACAUGAAGACUCUUGCCAAAGACAUGCCCAAAGCCGUGGAGCUGCUGUCGGAGGUGGUACAGAGCUGCUCGUUGAAUGAGGCCGAGAUCGAGCGACAGAGGGGUGUGGUGCUGCGUGAGUUGGAGGAAGUUGAGGGUAACUUGCAGGAAGUUUGCCUUGACCUGCUGCAUGCCACCGCCUUCCAGGGCACUCCUCUGGGACACAGUGUGCUGGGACCGUCCAACAAUGCCAGGACUCUGAGCCGCCAGGACUUGGUGGACUACAUCAGCAGCCACUACAAAGCCCCCCGCAUGGUGCUGUCUGCUGCUGGAGGUGUGAACCACGAGGAGCUGGUCGGUUUGGCUCGAUCCCACUUCAGCGGAGUGUCCUUUGAGUACGAUGGAGAUGCCGUGCCCGUGUUGUCGCCCUGCCGAUUUACAGGCAGUGAGAUCCGUAUGCGCGAUGAUGCUUUACCUCUGGCCCACAUCGCCGUGGCUGUGGAGGGGGCCAGUGCUGCGAGCCCAGACAUUGUGCCACUCAUGGUGGCCAACUCCAUCAUCGGCAGCUUUGACCUCACCUAUGGUGGCGGAAAGCAUCUGAGCAGCCGUCUGGCCCGCCUGGCGGUGGAGGAGAACCUGUGUCACAGCUUCCAGGCCUUCCACUCCUCCUACUGCGACACCGGUCUGCUGGGCAUUUACUUUGUGGCUGAUAAGCACCAGAUUGAAGAUAUGAUGCACUGGUCCCAGAAUGCCUGGAUGAACCUGUGCACCACAGUGACAGAGAGCGAUGUGGCCAGAGGCAAGAACGCUCUGAAGGCCAGCCUGGUUGGACAGCUCAAUGGAACAACACCGAUCUGCGAUGACAUCGGCAGACAUAUCCUGAACUAUGGGCGCCGGAUUCCUCUGGCAGAGUGGGACGCCCGGAUCGAUGCCGUGACCCCCAGGAUGGUGCGAGACGUCUGCUCCAAAUAUCUCUACGAUAAAUGUCCUGCUGUGGCAGCUGUCGGUCCCGUGGAGCAGCUUCCCGACUACAACAGAAUGCGCAGUGCCAUGUACUGGCUGAGGUUUUAAGAUGCGACCAUGAGUCGCUCCGUGUGUGUUUGCUCCUCAUUCUCCUCAACCUUCCUCUUUUCUGCCGUCUUCACUGCAAAUUGUUAAUUGAGGAUUGUCCCCCGGCGUUGGCUUGACGGCACAUUCGUCCUCUCUUCUCCCCGUUGUCCGUUGAUCACUCUUAUCUUAUCUAGCCGGAGGUGGGGGGGGGGGGGGGAAGAGGCAGCAGCAGCCAAAUCUGUGACAAUUACAUUCUACACAUUGUUACCUCUUGAUGGCACCGUCGAGGUGCUAAUUUCCUGCUAUCACAGAGGAGGGAGGGGAGAGAGGGCAGGCUUGAAUAGCAAAUAAUAAUCUCCUGGAUUCACAGAUCACUCUGAAUACAACCAGUCUACAGCAAGACUAUAUUUAUAAUUUGUAACAUUUGUUUCUGUCCUCUAUUGUACAUAACAGAAGCUCUCAUUCUGACAAAUAAAAAAAAAUACUGUAAAAGAUG